CAAAUAUACGGCCAGAAGAAAAAAGAAAAAGUGAGCCGAUUGUAUCGUUAUUUCUCUUUCUAGAAAAUUCCAUCGCUCUCAGUCUCUCUCUAAAAACUCGAGCUGUUGGUGUAUUUUCAAUCGGUGCAAACCUUUUGGCCCCUGCAGCCUGGUUUAGGGCUCCGAAAGCACGAUGAGGAGGAUUGAAAUGGACAGCUUUCGCCAGGAGAAAGUACAGAGAUUUGAGGAAUUUGUUGAUCGACGCUUGAAACCAGAUCUUAUUCAAGCUAUUGCUGAACGGGACAAGGUCUUUGAACAACAAAAAGUUUUCUUGGAUUUGCGAAGGAACAUAGAGAAUCUACAGAAAAAUAGUGUAACCAGUCUUAGGACUUUGGUCAAUCUGGGCUCUGAAGUGUACAUGCAAGCUGAUGUUCCAGAUACACAACGCAUAUUUGUGGAUGUUGGACUUGGAUUCCAUGUGGAGUUCACCUGGCCUGAAGCUUUAAAUUUCAUAUCACUAAAGGAAGAAAAGCUAACCAGGCAGAUAGAGGAGUACACUCGGCUAAUUGCUUCUAUUAAAUCCCAGAUAAAGAUAGUUUGUGAAGGGAUUCGGGAGUUACUGCAACUUCCAGCAGAGAGAUCUGUACGAGGGCCCAUUUUUUGACAUUUGACCUGAAUGUAUGUAUACCUCGGUUUCUCGUCUUACAUGACUUGCACCCACCUUAAGAAGAAAGGACUAAAUGCAAGGAAGUGAAAGGAAAGAUCAUUAUUUGUCAAUGCAAAAUAUUACCUCUGUAGUCUACA